AUGGUGCCCGCCUCGACGCCUUUAGCGCCGCCGCCGAGCGACGCCGCGCCGCCGAGCGACGCCGCGCCGCCGCCCGGCUCCGACACUUUGGAGGUGGGCGGCUGGCAGUUCGUCGUCGCCGACGGGCACGCGGUGCUGCCCGAAGGCAUGACGCACCUGCCGGACGACGCGUUCAAGGGCCGCACCUCUCUCGUCUCGGUCGCCCUCCCCGCCGGCCUUACCUCCAUCGGCAGCCACGCCUUCGAGUUCUGCACCUCGCUCGUCUCCGUCGACCUCCCCGCCAGCCUCACCUCCAUCAACAACGCUGCCUUCGCCGGCUGCUCCGCCCUCACCUCCAUCGAACUUCCUGCCACCCUCACCUCCGUCGGCCACAGCGCCUUCGCCGGCUGCUCCUCGCUCGUCUCCGUCGCCUUCCCUGUCAGCCUCACCUCCAUCGGCAGCUGCGCCUUCUGGGGCUGCCCCGCCCUCAACCGCGUCACCGUGCCAACCACCGCCACCAUCGGCUUCGGCGCCUUCACCGCCACCACCGUCCUCCGCCUCUCGCCCGCAAGCAUGCGCGACCUGCAGCGCUGGUACGAGGCUGUGGCUGGGGCUCUGGCCUACAAGCGCUGCCGCCCCCUCCUCUACGGCUGGCUAGAGCGGGCCCAGACCAGGCUCGGCUCUUACGGCCCGGAUGGCGCGGCGCGCCAGCGCGACCUCGAGGAGUUCGAGGGCGACUUUGCGCCGCUUGCGUAG